AUGGUCAAGGAGCCAGUGCAGGUGUCACUGCAGCCAAAGGAACUAGCCCAGGUGUCGUUGUGGACAAAGGAACCGGGGCAGGUGUCGUUGCAGGAGGUAGUGGAGACAGUGCAGGUGUCACUGCAGAUGAGAGAGGAGCCAGUGCAGAGGGUUGUGAAGCCAAAGAGGAUGAAGAAGGUUGGAUGGGUACAUCUGAUGAUGAGCAUAUCUGAAGGAAAGUGCAGUCAUGGUGGAAUUCUGGACAGUAGUCGUCACCAAGGAGCAGAGGGAGGAAUCAACAAGGACAGCACAUCUCCGCUGUUCUCCCCUCAUCACUACCUCCAUAAAGAAGCUGCCCAUCUGGCAACCACAGCAACCCUCAGAGUGCUCCAUGACCUCCGCAAUGAGGUGGGGCUCAAAAGCUUCCUCAGGCUCUUCAGUGUCCAGCAGCCCCCAGCAUUGGUCUUCGUCAUGGACACCACUGGCAGCAUGUUUGAGGAGAUCACAGCUGCCCGACUCCGAGCCCUCUCCAUAAUACAGGCCCGUGAAAAGAGCCAACGCACUAGUCUGCCUGGCACCUUCAUUCUGGUGCCUUUUCAUGACCCUGGUUUUGGGCCGGUGAUGGAGACGGAUGACCCUCAUCAGUUCAUGCAAUACAUGGAGGAUCUGACGGCUCUUGGAGGUGGGGAUGAACCAGAGAUGUGUCUCUCUGCCCUUCAGUUGGCUCUGACCCAUAGCCCUCCGCUGUCAGAGAUAUUCGUAUUCACAGACGCCUCUCCUAAAGACCGUCAUCUGCAGAGUGCAGUCCAGGCACUCAUACUGGAGAAGCAAACAAAGGUGAACUUUUUGCUUACCGAAGAUCUAAGACUCACAGUAAGAGGAAGAGGAAUGAGAAAGAGGAAAAGAAGAGAAUCUUUAUCUCCUGGUAGAUUCUCUCUGUAUUCCUCUCUUUCUUCUUUGUCUGGAGGAAUGACUAUCUUCACUACAAAAAAAGACAUCCGCAAUGUGUCAGCCAUUGUGGAAGACACCACCACCUACAGCAAGGUGACUCUGCUUCACACAGAGAGUGAAUCAGAUUCAUCAAACUCCUUCAGAGUGGACAAAGCUGUGACGAAAGUGAUGCUGCACAUCACUGGUCAGCUCAGAUAUUGUGAGCUUGUCAGUCCCUCAGGUGUUCGACAAUCUCUUCCUGGUACUGAUGGUUCUCUGGCAAUGCUAGACUCGUCUAAAGGUCUAUAUAGAAUAAGCCUGCUGCCUCCGCUAGAGAUAGGUGUAUGGCAGGUUACAAUCAAAGCCAUUGGACCAAUGGCAUUCAAUGUCCUAGGUGAUAGCAGCUUGGACUUCCUGUACUAUUUUGCAAGAGAAGCCAAUGAGACACAUCCAGGACUGAGGAAAAUGGAAGGCAGCCCUAUAGCAGGAGUCCCAGUGUUUUUAGUGGUUGCAGUGACAGGCAUGUCACCCAAUGAGGAGGCCUCAUUCAGUCACGCGACCCUGUUGGGGCCUCAUGGGGAGAGCCUGCAGAAGGUGUUGCUGAACUCCUCAUCUUCUCAUUGGUCUGGAGAGGAGCUAGUGGGCUACAUGGACUCAGUUCCCGUGAUACCAUUCAACAUGCGUCUCUCAGGAAAGGAUAGAAGGGGAAACUUGCUCGAAAGAGUUUCCACUGAGAUGAUUCAACCGACACAUGUACAGAUACAGGUGCAUUCAGCUCCACAACUUCUCCCAAGUCACUGCUCAACUGUGCUGUUUGAGAUAUUUAAUCAUGGCCCCAGCCAUCACUUCAGUCUUUCAGCAAAAGAUGACCAUGGGUAUCUCUCCCACCCAGACCAACAAAGGCUGUUUAUCGGUGCAAGGGGCUCUAUGAAGAGAGAGGUUGAGCUGAGGACCCCUCAUACUGCCCAGGCAGGGACAGCCAUCACCCUGACUCUGACUGUUCAGGCAGAAGGCUUACCAGACUCAAAUUAUGCUGUGGUACAUCUGACAGUGAUACCCGAGGAGCCUGACAAAAUGCCUCCGGCAUGUUCUUCCCUGCAUGUGGAGUCCUCCUGCCCCUCUCUGUGCUCUCAGGGCCACUGGAAAGUCUCACUUGUAGCAAAAGACAGAGGUCACUCUGGACUGGCAUCCAUUCGGCUGGCACAAGGAGAAGGCACUCUCAUUCUGUCUGAAGUGACUAUGCAGAGAGGUGAAGAACAUUUCCCACAGAUUCAUGAAGAGAACACAGGAGCAGUACAUCUUCCAUUGCUACAGCCACAAAAGGACACCUCAGAACAGCACUUUGGAACAGAAGCUGAACAUGGAGGUCAAAGGCUGGACCAAGUCCAGCUAUUGAAGUGGGAUCAUCCAGUAAAUAUCAGUGAAUGGACUAAGGGGAAACCCGUAAUGAUGCGUUAUUCCUCAGGCUGCUGUGGCCCUCAUGCAGAGAUAGUGCUGUGGGAUGGAGCGGGUAAUAUGAUAAGCUGUCAUCUCAAAGCCAGUCAGCAAAGGGCCUUACGAGAAAACAACAGGGCGCACAGUGGGGUAUCUACUUCUCGACUACUUCUCAUGUUGUGGGGCCACUUAACAUGGAGUACUAUCUAUGACCAUAGAUGAAAUUUGCUUGACUUAUUAUGCAACUCUGUGUGGACACGAGAGUACAUAGCAUGCUUAAAUACUAGUACACAGAAAACAAGAAAUGUUACUCAGGGAUGUUAUAUUCUAUAAAUGUUUAGGUCUUCACAGGAUAUUUGUAUUAUUCUGUCAGAAUUUUUGUACAAACAAAAACUUACAAGUAAAUCUAAUAUAAUGAUUUCAAGUUUUCACAAUUAAUAAAAUGCCAAACUGAGUGUUGUGUGCAAUCCACUUUUUAUUUUAGCUGCCAUAAAACUUCUCUGUUUUUAUAUGUCUGGCGUAUGUCUGUUCUUACCUCUUGGUUUUUAGUAAAACAUAAUGGUCCAGAGAAAGAAAAGGAAGGUUACAAUCCCACUU